UGCCUUUCACGUUUUCCGGUUUAAUAAAUGUGCUGCGUUUACAACUGAGUGUUUGUUGCUGUGUUGGAUAUAUACUAACUGGCGAACAGAUGUGUAUAUUGAAUUACUCGUCGGAUAUAUGGUGCUGUGAGAUAGUUUGUUAUGACAGUUUUCAUAUCAAUAUCUAACCCCACAGUAUGAGCAAAAUCAAUAUAUUUUCAUUUACUUGCAAAAUUUGAUUCAAACAGAAACUUAUAUGGAAUAUUAUACGGCGGAUGUUUAUUCAGAGUGAUCUCAGCAGUAAAUUAAGAACACAAUGUUAUAUGAACGGAUUGAAAUAUUUACAACAAUCACCAUUGGCGGUUUGGAAUUAACAAGUGCGGCUGGUUGGGUCCUUGUGUCACAGCCAACUUUCAUUGAUGAUCAGUAUUCAUACGUUGACAUUUACAUCAAAUGGCAAAACAGUCCAGCACUGAUCUGUCCUCCCACGCUUCUGAAUAUCAAUAAGGUAUCGACGCAAAGACGGUUACAUCAAGACGUCCCAUCAAAAUGAUAAGGUCUCCCGAGGGACAAGUCCGAGUUUAAUCAAUAGAGAUGUCUUUCUUACUUCGUCCAAAAAAAAAAACCCCAAUCUGAUCACGAGAUUUUGAAAAUCUAUAAACUCCUCUGUAAUGUUAUAGUUUCUUGAUUACCAUUUGGAGUGGAGACGUUCUUUCUUACGUAAAAGAAAAUGUAAUUUGGGAGACUUUUUUAGUUUAAGUGAAAUUAGAUUUUUGUUGGAACAUAACGAUUCCAUUCACAAUUAUCAUUUUAAUCUUCGUGAGCGGUCAGACACGGACAAAACUGUUCUUAUUAUACAUAUGGAUUUGAAUUGUGUCAGAAGCCUCGAUUGCAUUGGACCAUGGGACAGAAAAUAAACUCAAACAAAACAAAAUUAAUAAUAAUAAAGUUACCGAGAUGAUGAGUGCAAAAAUCAACUUUAAGGAGACAGAGCAGCAUUAGCCGAGAAAUAACGCAAACUUCCGGUAAGAUGGGUGGAUUUCUAACAGAGGGGACCUGCUGAAUUGAAAGUUUUAAUUCUUUAAAUACACUUUUUCCGUUGAGCUGUCCAAAACCUAUUCUUGAAUUAAGCGUGAUGUUUGAAUAUUCAAUGAAGAUGGAUUCACGCGAUACUAGUUAAAGUCAUAGAAAACCCGUCUUCAGAAUUACUGUAACACUAGUCAUUUUGUGAUUAAAAUGAAUGAUAUCCGGGUCAAAUGAACAUAUGCGUAGGCAAUGUAAACAUUUCACAAUAUCGGGACAAUGACGAAAAUAUGAACUCACUAUGAACAACCCUGACAACGAUUUUGUGAGCCGAACAAUAAACAUUUUCAUUGCCAUCUUUGCAGUCCUGACUAUCCUCGCUACGGUGUUUGGUAACAGUUUGGUGAUACUAUCCAUCGUCACGGACAAACGUCUACACAGGGUGGGCAACAUCUUCAUUGUCAGCCUCGCUCUCAGCGACAUCUUAGUCGGCCUUUGUGUCACCCCAUUCGCGCUAGUCUACCAGCUCCAGGGAAGCUGGAAUUUCGGACUAGUGUUCUGCGACUUCUGGAUUUCCAUGGACAUUAUCUGCUGUACUGCUAGCAUAGUGAAUUUGUGCGUCAUCAGCUACGAUAGAUACAACGCUAUAUCCCAGCCCCUGCAUUAUGCGCAAUUCAGAACAGUUCGCCGGGCUGUCCUCUUGGUCGUCAUAGCGUGGUCAUAUUCUCUUAUAAUUGCUUUACCGCCCUUACUGGGCUGGAAAACGCCGGAUCACGUCUCCAAACACUCUUGCGUCAUUUCUCAAAAUAUCGGAUACACGUUUUAUUCCACCAUUGGGGCGUUUUAUUUACCGUUAGUCAUAAUGUUGUGUUUCUACUGCAAAAUUUUCCAGGUCACGUGGUUGAGAGGUAAACAAUGGGCGAAGGGUCCCGGGAACAGUCUGAUCAUUAAAUCCCGGAAUAGAUUUCCUAAGAAAAGGAUGUGCUGCUCUUACAACACUUACACCCUGUGUUGUAGUAUACAGAAUAUGGACGGCAAAAAAGAGUGUGUUGUUCUUCAAGAAGAGGAGUUCAGAGAUCAGAGGAAAAAAUCCGAUUAUGAACAAGAUAAGCACACAGGGUAUGAUCAACAGACAGAGCGGCAAGCGAAAUCAAGGCGACCGAUUCUCGUACGCCAAAUUUCUUUUCUUUCAAGCACAGAUUCGGGAUAUACAACAACUUCCGGUGAAACUUCAAUUUCAAGCGAUACCAUGACUACACGAGACAAUCAAGGGCGCAUGCCCAGUAUCGCUGAAAACGAAAUAAUCACAGAGAUCGUAGACAAGGAAACGGGAAAACUAAUCAGUCAAUGUCGUAGUCGACAAAUGAAGGACGGUGAUCUUUCCGAGUUUCAACAGUCUCAAAAUAUGGCAGAAAAUCCAUUUAAUGACAAUCACGUGAAAAUUGCGCGCAAGCGGCGGCCGUUGAAGCGGAGAGACACAAUCUCUCUUCCACAAGAACGCAGAGCAGUCCGUACCUUGGGGAUUGUCGUGGGCUGCUUCUUGGUGUGCUGGUUGCCGUUUUUCAUUGUGGCACUUUUGGCGCCUUUAUGCCAUGACUGUGUUCCCCCAAAGUUCAUUCAAAACUUGGUUCUUUUUCUUGGAUAUUUUAACUCGGCGUGUAAUCCUGUCAUUUACACGUUCUUUAACAAAGAAUUUAGAGCCGCCUUCAAGAAAAAUUUAUGUUGCAUAUUUAAAAUUUCAUCUCCCGCCUUUAUUUAGCAGAGUUUUGGCCUUUCUGUGUUUGUUAAAAGUGCUUUUGUACAUGUUCUGCGCGAUGCAUUUUAACUACAUAUGACAUAUACAAUUGUAGUUUUUGAAUACAUGUGCUUUGAUAAUAAUAAUGCAGCGAUGUUCGUGACAGGCUAAUUGUAAUAGUGCUUUCUUUUGAAUUGUCCAAAAUACAAUAAAUGUACAUAUAUCUUUA